CAAAGAGUACUCAACCUCUUUUCUUCUACAUUAAACUGCUUAUGGAAAAAGUUAUUGCAAGAUCUCUUUCUUAUAGUGAUCACACACUCCCAAUGCAAAACGCAAAAGAGCUUGAAGGAGGAACCCUGUCUACGCGAUACCUGCACAGCCUACAACUAUGACCUCCACGCUUUAAUAGUCCCCAUACGUGAUUCUGGAGGAGGUGCAGCCUUGAGAGAGAUCACUGGGUAAAGAUCAAGGAUUUUGAAGCGGAACUCGAAAGGAGGGAAGGGAGAUCGGCACGGAGUUUGGAGGAGUAUCCUGUCCACUCACCACCGGGUCCAUCGGUGGGACAAGGCUACGAGGAGCCGUGAAACUCGGGGCGGGGAACUGGGGAGCCUUCCUAACUCAGCGGCACCGCAGCAGGAGGUGUCGGAGCCCAUUCGGGGUGUGACAAAGAGCGGCGAAAGCAGCGAGGAAAGAGGAUCUGAUCACGACUAGAUGGUAGUGUAAUCAAUCAAUCAUGAAAAUCACUGAAAAAUGUUAAGGAUUUAUAGUGUGAUCUGAUUAAAGGAAAGAGAUGCCUCUCCCAAAGGGAUUUCAAUCCCAUCAUUUCAUCAACUACUAAAACAACACAUGGAAAACAACAAGACUAAAGACCAAAAAUAACAUGUUCCCAAGAAAGAAAGAGAAGAGCCGCCUGGUGGACGGAACAGCUUAAAAGUUGAGCCAUCCCUAUAAUAACAGAGUUGGAAUCGAGAAAGCAGCAGAAAUCCACAGGGAUCCAACCUCUCUAGUCUCGAAUUGACUUGACAACAGAAGUGCCAAUUACUCCGGAAGUGAGAUAUAUUUGAGGACUGGUCACAAAGAUACUUUCUCAUCAGUCAUAAGAGCAAAUGAUUGCUGCAUGAAGAAAUCACUAAAUGAGGACUGUAGGUGUCUCCCCUUUCGGUCUGGAUCUCAUCUGGGGGGGCCCUGACAGUGCAGCCCCCCCAAACUUCACUUUUUUGAAAAACGGCUCUAGCCAAUCUGCUUCGCUGCUUCACUUGUGAUCGCUUAUGUGGGGGCUGCACAGCACCAGCUCCCCCACCUCGACAAGGAAUCGCUCUCCAGCCUGUCAUGCCCAGCUGUGAGCCAGUGCCACCAGCCGCCUGUCUCCCUACCAAAACUUUCCGCAGUUACCUGCCCCGGUGCCACCGGACUUACAGCUGUGUCCACUGCAGGGCACACUUGGCCAAACAUGAUGAGCUUAUCUCCAAGUCCUUCCAGGGAAGUCAUGGUCGUGCCUAUCUUUUCAAUUCUGUGGUUAAUGUGGGCUGUGGUCCAGCAGAGCAACGUCUUCUGCUCACUGGUCUCCAUUCAGUUGCUGAUAUAUUUUGUGAAAGCUGCAAGACUACACUGGGAUGGAAAUAUGAACAAGCCUUUGAGACCAGCCAGAAGUACAAAGAAGGGAAGUACAUCAUUGAGAUGUCACAUAUGGUGAAGGACAAUGGCUGGGACUGAGAAAGAAGUCUGGGUUCAUGCCCUCCUGCGUAGCAUGCCAUGCCCUUUCGUAACCCCAUUGCCACAAGUGGCACCCCAGCACAACCAACCCAGCUACCCUUCCAUCAAUCUCCUGCACAGCAUCAUCCAGGGGAAUGGAGCUUCCAGGAUCUUUCUCCCAAAGCUUCUUUCUGAAAUGCUGGACUCACUGUUUGGAGGACUCUACCUGUCCCCUAGACCAGAAGAGGAAACAUGCAGGUGGUAGAGAGUGGGAGAUUUCGGAUUGGUUUCCCCUUAGCCUGUAUAGGUUAUGUUACAUCCUGUUAGCACUUGUCUGCAUAAUACUGUGGCAUCCAGAACUGAGAACCUGGAAUCAGGUGUGAAUUUUGCAGUCCAUUGUGUAAGAAAAAACAAAAUACUUAAUGCAAUGUGACAUAAAAUAUGCUUUGGAGGCGGGUCAACAGAUCAGUUUGAUGCAUAAAAGCCAGAGAUCAUAUCCAGUAUCUCUAGCUUAAAUAAAGAAGGGCUGUGACAGGACUUCCACUACUGGCAUGGCCCUAGAUAACUGUGGACAGAUAAUGUUGAUAGCAUUGAACUGGAUAGGGCAGUGAUUCUGUGCAUUAUAAGGCACUUUCCUGUUCUCCUUUCUGAGGAGAAAUUAAGAGUUGUACAUCAGCCUACUGAUAUUGGGAACUGAAGGUUGGAUGACGUAGAUCACGUGGGGAGAUAAAAGAUAUCCUGAAGUAGGGGACAGAGGAACAGUCUCUCCAAAUGGCAGUUGCCGGUCCCUUUCCCAGACUCUGCAAUGGUAUUUUCCUUAGGUUUAUUCUAUGGAGUCCAUUAAUUUAGGUGUGAACCACCGUGUGCUUGUAAUCCCUGAGCACUAUGCCCCGCUUCCUCAACUCCCUUACCAUACAAAAAGGAUGGGCAGUGGGGUGGGGUGGGGACAACACUUUAGCACUGUCACCAGCGCAGGAAUUUUUUUGUAUAAUAAAAUUGUUUUAUAUUUUAAAACAAGCAA